AUGGCGGACCGCAUUAGAGAGAAAAUGAACCAGCUCCGUCUGGAGGCUGACGAGUCGUCUCAAAAAGUCGAAGAGUUGCAGGCUAAGGUCAAAGCUCUUGAGCAGGAGAACCUCGCCAAGGAGCAAGAGAUCACUUCACUAUCCCACAAGAACGGCCUUCUAGAAGCCGAGAACGAGAAGAUGGACACUACCAUCAAGGAUUUGAAGAAGGCUGCGGACGAGGGCCUGCAACACGGUACGCACAACGAAACCCUCCAACGUAGACUCCAGCUACUCGAGGAAGAAGCCGAGGAAGCGGACAAGACUCUUCGUGAGACAAAUGAGAAACUUCGCCAGACUGACGUAAAAGCCGGCCACUUUGAGCGCAAGGUACAGGCUUUGGAGAACGAGCGGGACCAGUGGGAGGGCAAGUACGAGGAGAUGGCCAAGAAGCACGCGCUACUCCAGAAGGAAUUGGAGGACCUCCAGAACGAGAUCGGCAACAUCUAA